GGGUGCUGGGCGUUUCGGGCCGACGGCCGAACUAGCAAGAUUUCCAAGUGAAAUUCCGGAGGAAAUUUCAAGAGCAUCCGGAUCCGGAGAAAGACAGAAAGAAAGAGGAAGGGAGAAAUAAAUCAAAACGUGGAGAGACCGAGGCAGCGGAAGAAAGGACGGGAGAGACAGAAGCUGACACCCAGGCAGAGAUGGGGGAGCAGCCAAUCUUCAGCACCAGGGCCCAUGUUUUCCAGAUCGACCCUGCCACCAAACGGAACUGGAUCCCCGCCAGCAAGCACGCUUUGACUGUCUCCUAUUUCUACGAUGCCACGCGCAAUGUGUACCGGAUCAUCAGCGUGGGGGGCACCAAGGCAAUCAUCAACAGCACCAUUACCCCCAACAUGACCUUCACAAAGACGUCCCAGAAAUUUGGACAAUGGGCAGACAGCCGAGCCAACACAGUGUAUGGGUUGGGCUUUGCUUCGGAGCAACAUCUCUCCCAGUUUGCAGAGAAGUUCCAGGAAGUGAAAGAAGCGGCCCGUUUGGCGAGGGAGAAGUCCCAGGAUAAAACGGAGCUGACCAAUCCUGCCCUGAGUAUCACAUCGCACCAGGUACUUCCCAGCCCCAUCAUCAGCUCCAAUGGGCCAGGAGAAGAUAAACUAUUCCGGAGCCAAAGUGCCGACGUUGAGAUAACAACAGAGAAGGAGCGGCUGAAGAAGAUGCUUUCAGAAGGUUCGGUGAGUGAGGUCCAGUGGGAGGCUGAAUUCUUCAGCCUUCAGGACAACAACAACAAGCUCGUGGCUGCUCUCCAUGAAGCCAACGCCAACGUGGACCAGUGGAAGAAGCAGCUGGCUGCUUAUCAGGAGGAGACAGAAACACUGCGGCAGCGGGUAGCAGAACUGGAGUCACAGGGUGCUCACGAUUCCUCCAGCGAGAACAACAAAGAAGAGCUGAGCCAAACCCUGGAGGAGCUGGAACUACUGAUCAAGGCUAAAGACGAGGAGAUUCAGAUGCUAAAGAGCCAGAAGUGUGGCCGAUGGGAAGCAGAGGGCGAGCGUGAGGAAACGCUGCAGAAGCUGCAGGAGCUGGAGGCAUGCAACGCAGAACUGGAGCGACGCCUUCACCUGGCCGAGCAGACGCUGGCGGAGACCCUGGCUGAGAGGGAGAAGAUCCAGAACGAGGUCACCAAGGUGGCGGAGAUAAUGGAUGUGAAGAUAUUUGAGCUCAGCGAGAUCCGUCAGGGACUGGCCAAGCUGGUAGAGAGCAACUGAGCAGCAGCACGCUCAAAGGAGACACCUCCAGAGGAGGGGAGCCCGAGCUGGGACUGGUCACUGACAGCAAUCACGGUCACAGAACAGCCUCGAGGUCUGUUUGGGCAGGAUACGCCAACAUACCAGCAGCUGCCUGGACAGUGUGCAGACCAGCCACAGCCACUUACUGCCCACCGAACACCCAGGCAGAGGGCAGAGAGGACCUGGGCUCCUGAAGCCUCUACAGGGAGCAUCUACAAACCACAGCCAGACCUCUCUGGACCCUGCCAUGGUCAUGGCAUGGUCCAGAGACAGCAGCUGUCCCUGUGCUGCCUUCCCAGCCUCCCUGCUGCCACACUGUGUCUCCAGCGUUUUUACAGUUUUCUAGGGGAAGGGGCUGAGCAGCCUUCGCGUUUUUUCAGUAGUUUUUUAGGAAACCACUUGCCUUUUGCAAAUAAGCUGCCUGUUUCCCCACCUAGGGAGGGAGGAGAAAUCCUAGCACACCGAGGACAACAGUUGCUCCUUUUCCUCUUCCCCAGCCUGAACUACAUCGUGUCUUUUCUAACAGGAUCCACUGACACGGGUCACUGUCCGGAGCUUCCCGAGGUAGCAGAGUCCCCACUGCAGAGAAGGGUGCUUGCCUGACCCUGUGUCCUUCCCACUGCUCAGUCACAUCCUCCAGAGGAAAAGGAACUGCAGGUUUUAAAGCUCUUAUUAGUUUAAUGCAGUGGGAUUUAAUGACUUGUUAAAAAUCCUUUAAGCUGAGAAGAGUAGAGGCUUGGUUGGGAAAGGGGCCUUUGAGAAAUGGGACAUCCCUGAGGGGGUGGCCAGCAAACUGCUAGACUGGCAUCUCUCCUGGCCUCUAAGGGCUGCAGUUAAUUGAAAUUAAAUGGAGCAAAUUGCAGUUGCUCUUGGUUUCUUUUUUUCAUUUUUUCCUGGGAAACAGUCCACAGAGAUGUCCUGCUCCAUGUCAGCUGAGCAGUAUUCCUUGUGAAGGGUACGGGUCCCAGCUUGCCAUGCUUGGCCAGAUUAAACGAGAACAGGAGGCGUUUGGAGCAUGCUGGGACCGGCACCCUGCGGGGCCUGUGGGAAGUUUGUGAGUUAUCGUAGGUGUUGUCUAGUAAUAGGAAUUGAGCAAGGCCUGAGGGAGGCACCACAGAAACCUGGAAAGUUGUGUGUCCCCCCCGGCGCCCGCUGCGCCCCCGUAGUUACCUAGGAGCAUGCUUAGCCCUGCGCUGAAUGACGAAGCAGUGUCUGUGUAGAAGUAGUUUGUAACCUUACCGGAGUGUUGAUGGAUUUGGAUUUUGUUGUUGGGUUUUUUUGCCCUCUUUGCCGCUA